AUGACCGAUCCGUCUGUGUCCGCGAUUCUUGAUGGAAUCGCAUCUUCGCGCACCGCGUUCGACAACCACGAGGCUGGCUCAAGGGAAGCUCUAAUCGACUACGGCCGUAAAUUGAUUACGGCACUAGAGAUUCCUAGUGAAUUUAUACAGCGAACCUUCUGGGCAGAACCGGCCCAAUCAGCCAUUGUCCGCCUCGCCGUCGACGUCAAACUAUUCCAAUAUUUGCGGGAUGGGGGACAUGCGGGCCUGACAUCUACGGCUCUAUCCCAGAAGACCGGGGUCGAUACAGUUCUCUUGUCACGUUUAGCGAGACAUUUAGUGGCGAUGAAUCUCCUCUCGUUUAGGGACGGAGCAUUUCACCCCACAAGGCUGAGCAACGAUCUCGCAGCGGAAAAUUUCCAACACUCCAUCGCUUUUUGCUAUGAUGCCGCUCGUCCUUCGUUCAAUGGAUUUCCGGAGUAUUUCAAGAAUUCCGAAUAUAGGUCCCCAACACUGGGUGGCACAGACGGACCUUUCCAGCACGCCCACAAGACCAAGCUUCCAUUCUUCGAAUGGUUGGUUGCAACCCCGCCGCACCUCCAGCAUUUUGACUCCUUUAUGAGUGCGUAUCGGGCUGGCAAGGCAAAUUGGUACGAUUUCUACCCGGUAACCGAGCUAAUGAUUACGGGCUUUGAUCCGUCCGUCAGCGAUGUUCUUCUCGUCGACGUCGGUGGGGGAAAGGGUCAUGAUGUCGCUAAUUUUGCCGCACAAUAUACUUCUCACCCUGGGAGAAUCAUUCUUCAGGAUCGCGAGCCCGUUAUCGCUAGCGUGUUAGCUAAUGGCUCUGAGGGUUUUGAGGCGCAAGCCUACAAUUUUUUCAAACCACAACCAAUCAAGGGUGCGCGAGCCUACUCUCUUCACUCUAUUCUCCAUGACUGGGGCGAUGAAGAUGGCAUCAUGAUCUUAAAGAACCUAGCUCCAGCAUUGGAGAAGGGCUAUUCGCGAGUUUUGUUGAACGAAAUUGUUGUCAGUGAAGAAAAACCGACACUGGCUGCUACAAGUAUGGAUAUGAUGAUGUUAGCCCAUUUUGCAGUUAGAGAAAGAACGGAGGCUGAGUGGAGAACUAUUCUGGCCGCAGCUGGAUUGAAGGUGGUCAACAUCUACACCUAUCCGGGGGUUGCAGAGAGUUUGAUCGAGGCGGAGUUGGCUUUGGACCUCUAG